AAAGAAAGCAUCAAUCCCAAUCUGCUUAAAUUACUGCCAGGGUCCCUGCUGGUCAUAACUGCCAAGUUUGUAACAUCACCUGUCAGCUAAGUCCCUGUUGCCUCAGAUUGCUUAAUUUGCUUACCUGGGAGCGCCUUACAUAAUCCCUUUCCCUAUCCAGCCCAUCUCAGUGUUUUGCCUGGUCCCAGCAAGGUAAAACAAAGCGUCAGCCCCAGCAAAAAUAAAAACAAAACAAAAAAAACAAAAAAAAAAAAAAAAAAAAAGGAAGAAGGAGAAGAAGAAAGGAAGGAAGGAAGAAAGAAAGAAAGGAAGAAAAAUAGUCUCCCACAUCAAACAAAUUUUUUUUUCUGUGUGGUUCUGAUACCUAAUUUUCCUAAAAUGACAAUGUCAACAGAAUAAGGAACCACAUUUAAAAGCCCAGUGUAGAGAUUUUAGUUCCUCGUCUGUCCUCAUGUUGAGGGGGACACAGGUUGCCUAACCAGUUUUACUCGCAAUCAUGAUGCCUACACAUUGCUUUCUAGCCUUCCUCCUCAGUUUCUACCUGCCUGGUGUUGAAGAAACUCGACCAGAUCCCGAGUCUCUUAAGCCCCAGAGAGUACACUUUCAGUCCCGAAACUUUCACAACAUUUUGCACUGGCAACCUGGGCAUGCUUGCUCCAGCAACAGCAGCAUCUACUCUGUGCAGUACAAAAUGUAUGGUCAACAACAGUGGAAAAAUAAAGAGAACUGUCAGAGCAUUCAAAAAUUCUUCUGUGACCUUACAAAUGAAACAUCAGAUAUAUAUGAACCUUAUUAUGGGAGGGUGAGGAUGACCUCAGCUGGGAUCCAUUCAGGCUGGAGCAUGACUAAGCGGUUCACUCCACUGUGGGAAACAAAAUUAGAUUCUCCAGUCCUGAAUGUAACCCGAGUUAAUGGAUCUUUACUGGUGAUUCUCCAUGCUCCAUAUUUUCCAUAUAGAAAUCCAAAAGGAAAAAAUAGUCUGAUGGAAAAUUACUAUGAGCUAGUAUAUAGAGUCUUCAUGAUUAACAAUUCACUAAGAAAGGAAGAUAAAGUAUAUGAAGGAGUUGAGAAAGUUAUUGAAAUUGAAGCUAUAACACCUCACUCUUUCUACUGUGUGGCAGCUGAAAUAUAUCAGCCUAUGUUAGACAGAAGAAGUCAGAGAAGUAAAGAAAGAUGUGUGCUAAUUCCAUGAAGUGGAACAGAGUGCGGCACCAUAUGGGUAUCAAAUGCUCUCUGAAAGUGGAGUGACUCAAGUCAGAAGGAUCUCAUUUAAAGUUGUUUUUAUAUUUCCUAUAAUGCAAUAACCAGUGUUAUGCUUUGAGAAUAUCUUAUCUUCUUUCUUUCUUCCUUUCUUUUCUUUAUAUUUCAUUUGUAGACUAACUUUAGUCACCACUCUUUCUGAUGAGAAAAAAAAAGAAUUGAGAAGAUGCAGACACUAAAGUGCCCUAUAAAAUAAAAAACUACACUUCUCAUGUAACAUCCCUAACUACAGUCUUAACAACAAUCUUCAUUCUAAGAAAGAUAAGUGAAAAUUUAAGGAACAAGAGUAAACAUGUAACAAGAUGUCAUUAAAUUAAUUACUGGAAUAGCAUAAAAUUACUGCAAUAGCAUAAAAUAGCAUGAAGUAAUUGUCUUUCAUAUCUUAUUGAGCCAGUUAACUUGAUGUGGAUAUAGCAAUUUGUAUAUGAAUG